GAAGAAGAAGAAAAACGAGGAAACCAAGGGAUUGAUGUGUUGCUCGGCUUUUGAAAUUUCUUUUUUUUUUUGCGCACAAAAUCCCCCACGCUUGACAGCUUUUUGCGAAACAAAAGAACCCUCUCUUUCUGACGGGGUUCCUGAUUAUAUUUCCAUGUGGUGACAGUAGACGGCUGUGUAUGUAUGUGCGCUCGAGGUUGCUCCGGGUGGCCGUGAUAUAUAUAACCGUGUAGGAUCGUGUGGAUGCUGGGGCGAAGAGACUCUGACGCUCCGGGAAGCUUCCUCCAUCCCUCCGUGUCGUCCUCGUUCCUGCGACCGGCUGCAUGACCGGUGAUGCUCGGCCUCCCCGCCUGGAUGCGCCCCUCUCUCCGCGGUGUGCCGUCGGUACCGCUGCCUGUAUCCCCCUAUAGCAGAUUUACACUGUCGCUGGAGAAAGGUCUAGGGACCACAUAUGGAAACUGGGGAUCAGAAUUUUAGAAAAAAGGAAAACUAAGCAGGCUGCCGUUUGAUUUUCACAACUUAAUCAUUUUUUCCUCCUCCUUCCUUUUGGCUUGAUUUUUUUUCCUUUUUAUUUGGAGAGAGGGGUUGAUCGUUCCUGGUUGGUUUAUAUUUCCUUCAUCUCUUAAGGAAUGGCUGGUUUUCAUGGCAGUCAUGGUACCGGCUGAUUAUUUCCCAUUAUUUAUCACUCUGCCCUUGAUUUUUUGGGGGAGCGCUUGAUUCUGCUGCUUUGAAUUUGUUCUUUCACAUUCAGUGAUUUUUUUAUUUUUUUUCCCAACAUAUUUUUUAGGCCCUGCCUGCCUGCCUGCCUGUCUGUCUUGCCUGUCUCCCAUCACCCUCUACCCUCAGAGUACAUGUGAUAGUCUGAUUCCUUUUUGAAAUGCCUGAGAUGAGCCUCCAUAACUCACUGAUCCACUGUGUUACAUCAAGGUAGUCAGAUCUCAUCCUGAAUUGUGUCAUCUGUUUGAGGUCUCUGCUUUUUUUUUUAUUUGCCUUUUUUUUGGGGCCAUUUUAAAGAAAUCAGGCCGCCAACUGUGUUAGUCUUAACCACCCUCCACCCCCACACCCCAGUGUUUCUUCACCCCCCCCCCCCCCCCCCCCUUUCAGAAUGAAUUAAUUCACACUGCGUGCGUGCGUGUGCUCGUCUGUGUACAGGUGUGAGCAAAGUGAAAGUUUGGCACCAUAAGCAAGCAAGAGUGUGUGUUUGUGUGUGUGUGUGUGUGUUAGUGUUUGAGCCUGAGAAUGACAGUGUGGGCUGCAUGAGACGGCCUGUGUGGGAAAAAAAAAUAAUCAAGCGCUACAUGCACAUCAUUCCAUUUAUCACCGUUGAAGCUGUGAGGAUUGUAAUACAUGCAGCUGCUUUAGUCAGCUCAGAAAGCCAAAUCCAGGCCUGAGACGAUCACAGAGAAACAGAGCAAGAUCCUCCAUCUUCUCAUUAUCUCUGCCUUUUUUCGGAGUUUGACAUUUAGAGGCCUUCCAACUCGACAAAGUAGGCCUGGAUCCCAGACCAGGUCUCUGGUGGGAUCUGCAAGAAGCCUGUGUUUUUAGGUCAACAUUUUUUUUUCCAGAGCUGGGCAACUUCCUGCCACUUGAGGAUCAGAUUUUAGAAACCUCCUCGCCAAAGUCUGUUUGACCCGUCUUUUGGGCCAAACAGCCACCCCCCCCAAAACCUCCACCCUCAUCUUAAUUUUCAUUUGUCUGUUGUCCCCCCACCCAAAACCAACCAUACGAUUUCCCCCGAGCUCCCCUAACUCCCCCGCCCCCCCCAGCGGCCCCCCGCUACCGUCGUCCGCCCGACACCGCCCACCCCCCGUUUUCCGAGCUGGCGUGGCGACGCAAACUCACAAAUAUUUACUUCCUAUACAUCAAGAGGAAAGGGGGCCCCCCUUUCGUGGAAUGCGGCAACAUGGGCGUUUUUGACCGCGGAGUUCAGAUGCUGCUGACCACGGUAGGGGCCUUCGCCGCCUUCAGCCUUAUGACCAUCGCCGUGGGGACAGACUACUGGCUGUACUCGCGUGGCGUCUGCAAGAUCAAGAGCAACAACGAGAACGAGACCAGCAAGAAGAACGAGGAGGUGAUGACGCACUCCGGCCUCUGGAGGACCUGUUGCCUGGAAGGUUCCUUCAAAGGCAUGUGUAAGCAGAUAGAUCACUUCCCCGAGGAUGCCGACUAUGAGGCGGAUGCUUCAGAGUACUUCCUACGUGCUGUACGAGCCUCCAGUAUCUUCCCCAUCCUGAGUGUGAUCCUACUCUUCAUGGGGGGGCUCUGCAUCGCCGCCAGCGAGUUCUACAAGUCACGCCACAACAUCAUCCUCAGCGCCGGCAUCCUCUUUGUCUCUGCAGGCCUGAGCAACAUCAUAGGCAUCAUUGUGUACAUAUCAGCCAACGCCGGGGACCCUUCCAAGAGUGACUCCAAGAAGAACAGCUACUCCUACGGCUGGUCCUUCUACUUCGGUGCCCUCUCCUUCAUCAUGGCCGAAAUGGUGGGCGUGCUGGCCGUGCACAUGUUCAUCGACCGCCAUCGGGAGCUGCGAGUGGGGGCUCGAGCCGCCGACUACCUCCAAGGUGCGGCCAUAACGCGUAUUCCCAGCUACCGCUAUCGUUACCGGCGCCGCUCACGCUCUUCGUCCCGCUCGACGGAUCCCUCGCACUCCCGCGAGGCAUCUCCAGUGGGCCUGAAGGCCUUCGGGACGCUGCCUUCCACCGAGCUGUCCAUGUACACGCUGCCAAAGGGCCAAACAGGCACUCCGACAGCCACCUAUAACUCAACGGAGAGGGACCACAACUUCCUGCAGGUCCACAACUGCAUCCAGAAGGACCUGAAAGACUCAGGCGGGAACUCCGCCAACCGACGCACCACACCUGUAUGAAACUAAAGGAGAGACCUCAGACACUGAAUAUUCAGAGGGAAUUUAGGGAGGGGGGGGGGGGGGCGGCAAAAGACAGAUCAUGGUGCAAGGCGAUGGAUAGAGGCGUAUGGAUAGAUGGGGUGAGGGGUUAGCAGCAGAGGGGGGAGUUCUGAGCGCUCCGCAGCACCUCAGAUGAUCACUGAGUUUCUGUUUAAAAAAAAAGGAAACAGAGAAAAAAAUGCAUAAAAAAAGAAACAUGCAUGAUUUUCCCAUCUACCAUUGUUUAACGAGUUUUGAACAUGUUUGUAAAGAUUUGAGGGGGAGGAUGGGGAAAGAGGAGUCGGGAGGGGGGGGAUGGGGGUUGCUGGUGGUUGUCUGUCUCGGGGCUGUGGAACAGUAGAGUGGUGGGCUGGGCCAGACUACCCGUUCAAAAAGGUGAACUUUAUAUUUUUUACUCUUCCUCAGUCUGACGAUAAGGCGGCGUAGUUGACCCCCUUGGCCCCCGCCUAUGAUCCCGCCCUCACGCUUCCAUCCCACGAGCCCCCCAACAAACACACACACACACACACCCCCUAACCUCCCUUUGUACCCCGCUCCUUUUCUUUAGUUGCUGUAUCUUCUUGAUUUCAUUCUUUAUUCGCAUCAAUACUGUGAAACUUUGCGGUGUGGGAAUUUUUAGCAGGGAGCGAUUCAAGCCGCAAAAAAAAGACAAAAAAAGGAAAAAAACACGUAAGUUAAUAUAUGUAUUGAUUAUAUAUAUAAAUAUAUGAAUAUAUAUGUUAAUAAAUCAUGACUAGACUUCCCUGGCGCAAAAAUAUCAACCAGAAGAAAAAAGAAAGAAAACAACGUAACCUACAAGAGAAACUAAAUCAAGUCGUCAUGGAAUUCAAAACCAAGAUGGAGGAUUUGUCGUGACCGGCUCAUCUGAAGGGCAGAGGCUCCAGCCUUCUUGAUAAACUGAUAUUGGUUAGUAUUAGACACAUUAUUACAUUCUUUUACAACAACUUCAAAAGAUUUUUUGGGCCUUCCGGCAAAACCCUGGCAGCCACCGUCGUUCGGGGUCGACUACUUCUAAAAGUUGACCCUGCCUUUUUUUUCUCCGCUCCAUGAAGGGGCGAAGUGAAGAGAGAACUCUGAGUAAUGGAGGAUCUCUCAACAAACUUGAUGAAGACUGUGGACAAUGAAGCGUCACUACUGCCAAAGACACAAAGUAGUGCGUGAGAGAACAUGGCUACCAGCGAGGUGAAACUAAAUGACUCCAAAAAAUUAAGAAUUUACAUGCAUGCUAAUCAAAAAUCAUCCGAUCUGCUUUUAAAGAACCUAUGUUUUGAACAACUGAACAAUGAUACCAUGUAAGGGCAGAGGGGUGUCAAAGUAGAACUUAAUGUUACAGUACUGUGUCUAUUUCAAUCUUUCAUUUCUUUUUUAUUUCUAAGAGGGUAAUUUGGGUUGGGGCUUCAUUACGCUUGAAACAAAAAGAACAGACUUUGGAGAACGUAUCAAGGCUUUUUUUUUUUUAAACAGAAGAAAAAUUUUGCCUUUUCAUUUCUCUUUUAUUUUCUCAGACUCUCACACAGCCUUAGUCUCUUUCUUUGUCUCAUUCUUUUUCUUGUUCUUUGGUUUUUGCGUUGUGUUGUUGUAAAUGAGAAUUUAAAAAAAGCGUAAUGUCUUUCAAGGUGCCAAAACUGAAUGAUUCUGAACUUGGAUGCAUCAAGUCCUGAUGACGAAUAAAAAUUGAACCCCCCUGUAGGGAACAGAAAGA